GAUUCGAUAUCUCAAAGUACUCUUCCAAGUGCAUUUACUUCUGGAAGUCUAUAGCAGGCCGGAAGUUAUUCCAAUGUUAUGAUGACCACGUUGAAUCCGCUUGCAAGUUGCUCAAUGAAUACGAUAGUCAUGGUUUCCAUUUGUAUCUUGAUAUAAAAGAUUCGGAGACCACAGCUAUCGGUUUUACUACCCCGUUGCUGAACGAAAUCAAGAAUUACGGCAUUAAUAUUACUGAGAUAUACUUAGAUGCCACUUAUAAAACUGCACGUGGACACUACGAACUUUAUGGUGUCAUAGCAGAA